UUUAUUCUGUUAGCCGUUCAGCUAGUGUUCGUGUCUCUUGUGCUUUUUCAAGACAUGGAGGCUGAAGAUGCGGAUUACUAUCAUUCAAGUGGAUUUCAUGGCUCGAUUUUUUUAACGGCCUUGAACAAAUCGUUGUUUUGUUGGCAGGAAUAACGACAUGCUUUGGAUGAUUUGUGAAAAGUCGUUUUAGAAAAAAAAAACAGUUUUUUGUUUUGUUUAUUCUCGCUGUUUCCCUUUUGGGAACGCGAAAUUUGGUCAACCAUUUCAUCAAGAUCGUGCUGCUCUCUAACGAUCUGUAACAACACUGUGAGGUUAUCACUUUUUUUGUUGACUGAGGACAAGUGAUACAGUUCCUACAGAAUUGGAGGAACAAUACCCCUUUCAAUUACUCUUAAUAUUACUUGUAAGGAUAUAAUUUCAACAGGAAUGAAAUCUGGAAUAGAACGGGAUAAAUUGACCUUAUUUUGGGGUCUCGUACUGUCUGUUUCUACGCUCUGCAUGUGGCCCGCCAGUGGAGAAAUCUGCGGUCUGAACGUCGACGUUCGCAAUGACAUCCGCGAGUUCACACGGCUCCUGGAGAACUGCACGGUGGUGGAGGGCUACCUGCAGAUCCUGCUCAUCGGCGACAAGACCAACCACGUCAACCAGGAGGUCUUCCGAUCGCUCAGCUUUCCCAAGCUCACCGUCGUCACCGACUACCUGCUGCUCUUCCGCGUCUCGGGCCUGGACAGCCUCAGCACGCUCUUCCCCAACCUCAGCGUCAUCCGCGGCCGCAACCUCUUCUACAACUACGCGCUGGUCAUCUUCGAGAUGACCAGCCUCAAGGACAUCGGCCUGUACAACCUGCGGAACAUCACGCGCGGCGCCGUCCUGAUCGAGAAGAACCCCGAGCUGUGCUACCUGAACUCGGUGGACUGGUCGCUCAUCAUGGACAACAACAACAACUUCAUCGUGGGCAACAAGCAGACGACGGAGUGCGGCGACGUGUGCCCGGGCAUCAUGGACGGGCAGCCCGAGUGCAUCAAGACCAGCUUCAAUGACCACUACAGCCACCGCUGCUGGACGGCCAACCACUGUCAGAAAGUGUGCCCUAAGAGGUGUGAGUGGGCGUGCACGGACGCGGGCGAGUGUUGCCACCCGCAGUGCCUGGGGGGCUGCAGCGAGCCGGGCAACGACCAGACGUGUGCCGCCUGCCUGCACUACGACCACGACGGGCGCUGCGUGCCCGACUGCCCCCCCGACACCUACAAGUUCGAGGGCUGGCGCUGCAUCUCCAAGAAGGAUUGCGCCCACAUGCACCUGGUCAGCGAACAGGAGUCCGAGCGCUUCGUCAUCCACGCUGGCGAGUGCAUUUUCGAGUGCCCGCCCGGCUUCACCCACAACGAGAGCCAGAGCAUGUUCUGCAAUGCGUGUGACGGCCUCUGUGAUAAGGUGUGUGAUUCAAAGGUCAUCGACUCGGUGAACGCUGCCCAGGCUCUUCAGGGCUGCACUGUCAUCAAAGGAAACCUGCAGAUCAACAUCCGCCGGGGGAAGAACAUAGUGUCGGAGCUGGAGAGCUUCAUGGGUCUGAUUCAGACGGUGACGGGUUACGUCAGGAUCCGUCACUCUCACACUCUCGGCUCCUUCUCCUUCCUCAAGAGCCUCCGCUACAUCAACGGCGAGGAGCUGCUGGAUGGUAUGUAUGCUUUCUCGGCUGUGGACAACCAGAAUCUCCAGGCCUUGUGGGACUGGAACCAGCACAAUCUGACCAUCAAAGCCGGGAAGCUGUUCUUCCGCCACAACCCCAAGCUGUGCGAGCGUGACAUCGUCGCCAUGUGGGACAAGACUGGCGUCAAAGGCAAGAUCGAGGUGGCCGAUGUCCGGAACAACGGCGAACGGGCAAGCUGCCAUACGCACAUGCUGAAGUUUAAAUCCAACAGCACAGCGAGUAACAAAAUCAAGUUGACAUGGGAGCGCUACCGACUACAGGACUACAGGGACCUCAUCAGCUUCAUCGUCUAUUACAAAGAAGCACCCUUCCAAAACAUUACGGAGUUUGACGGACAGGACGGCUGCGGCUCCAACAGCUGGAACAUGGUGGACGUGGACCUCCCGCAGGACAAGGGGACCGACCCGGGGGUGCUGCUGGCGCCACUCAAGCCGUGGACGCAGUACGCCAUCUUCGUCAAGGCCGUCACUCUGAUGAUGGAGGACCACCAGUCACUGGGGGCCAAGAGCGAGGUGGUCUACAUCAGGACCAGUCCCUCAGAGCCCUCGAUGCCGCAUGAUGCCCGGGCGUAUGCCAACUCGUCCACCUCCCUGGUGGUGAAGUGGUCUCCGCCCAUGCGGCCCAACGGGAACAUCACCUUCUACCUGGUGCGCUGGCAGCAGCAGCCCGAGGACCGGGAGCUCUACGAGCACAACUACUGCUCCAAGGGGCUGAAGCUCCCCACCCGUAUCUCGGCCACAGGCUCCGAGAUGGAGGACGACACCAAGCCCACCAAGUCCGACGCCUCCGGCGCCGACAAGGGCCCCUGCUGCCCGUGCACCAAGAACGACCUCGACCUGCAGGCCAAGAUCGCAGACAGCGACUACCGCAAGGUCUUUGAGAACUUCCUCCACAACGCCAUCUUCGUGCCGAGACCCCAGGAGCGUCGGAGGCGGGAUCUGUUUGGCGUGGCCAACGGGACCCUGACGCACGGCGCCACGGGCCGCAACAGCUCGCUCACCGGGGGCAACACCACGGACCGCAAGGCGCAGGACCGGGAGUUCCCCUUCCAGGAGACCACGGUGGACUCGGAGACCAUGGAGAUCUCCGGCCUGCGGCCCUUCACCGUCUACCGCAUCGACAUCCACGCCUGCAACCAGGAAGUGCGCCGCUGCAGCGCCGCCACCUUCGUCUUCUCACGCACGCGGCCCGCAGAGCGUGCGGACGACGUCCCGGGGCCGGUGCUGCAGGAGCGGGAGGAGGGGGUGGAGGGCACCAUCGUGCUGCGCUGGCCUCAGCCCCAGCACCCCAACGGCCUCAUCCUCAUGUACGACAUCAAGUACAACCUCGCCACAGAGUCUGAGAAGCUUGAGUGUGUGUCCCGGGAGCAGUACCUGCUGCUCAAAGGAGCGCGCCUGACUAACCUGGGUCCUGGCAACUACACGGCCCGUGUGCGGCCCACCUCCCUGGCGGGCAACGCCUCCUGGACCAAGCCCAUCUUCUUCUACGUCCCCCAACCCAAUGUGGACUAUGACCACGCUCUCUACCUGAUCAUCAGCAUCCCCAUCAUCAUCGUGGUCUUCAUCGUCAGCGGAGCCGUCGCCCUUGUCUUCCUCAACAGGAAGAGGAAUGCUGACAGACUGGGCAAUGGGGUCCUGUACGCGUCUGUUAAUCCAGAGUAUUUCAGUGCUGCAGACAUGUAUGUUCCUGACGAGUGGGAGGUCCCUCGCGAGAAGAUGACCAUGUGUCGGGAGCUGGGCCAGGGCAGCUUCGGCAUGGUGUACGAGGGCAUCGCCAAGAGCGUGGUCAAGGACGAGCCGGAGACGCGCGUGGCCAUCAAGACGGUCAACGAGUCGGCCAGCAUGCGAGAGCGCAUCGAGUUCCUCAACGAGGCGUCCGUCAUGAAGGAGUUCAACUGCCACCACGUGGUGCGAUUGUUGGGCGUGGUUUCCCAAGGACAGCCAACCCUGGUGAUUAUGGAGCUGAUGACACGUGGAGACCUGAAGAGCCACCUGCGAUCACUCCGCCCAAAAGAUCAGCAGGGCUCGUGCAGUCAGGCGCUGCCGCCGCUGAAGAAGAUGAUCCAGAUGGCGGGGGAGAUAGCCGACGGCAUGGCCUACCUCAACGCCAACAAGUUUGUGCACAGAGAUCUGGCCGCCAGGAACUGCAUGGUGGCGGAAGACUUCACUGUCAAGAUCGGAGACUUUGGCAUGACCAGGGACAUCUAUGAGACGGAUUACUACAGGAAAGGGGGCAAGGGGCUGCUCCCUGUGCGCUGGAUGUCCCCGGAGUCACUCAAGGACGGAGUCUUCACCACCAACUCAGAUGUCUGGUCGUUUGGGGUGGUGCUGUGGGAGAUUGCCACCCUGGCGGAGCAGCCCUACCAGGGCAUGACCAACGAGCAGGUGCUGCGCUUCGUCAUGGAGGGAGGCCUGCUGGACAAGCCUGACAACUGCCCCGACAUGCUCUUUGAGCUGAUGCGGAUGUGCUGGCAGUACAACCCUAAGAUGCGGCCUUCCUUCCUGGAGAUCAUCAACAGCAUCAAGGAGGAGCUGGAGUCGCCGUUCCGCGAGCUCAGCUUCUUCUACAGCGAGGAGAACAAGCCGCCGGACACAGAAGGCCUGGAUUUCGAGGUGGAGAAUAUGGAGAACGUCCCCCUGGACCCCGUGUCCAGCCGGCAGCCCCCGACGCCCGUGGCGGUCUCGGCCGGGACCCCGGUGAGGUCCUCCCCACAGCCGCUGCCCUCGGCCCAGUGCCCGGGCGCGCUGACGACCGGGACGCCCCUGGGGCCUUCCUCCCCGACCUCCCCGACGGGCGCGGGGGCCGCGGCAGUGCCCUCCUGCUCGUCCCCCGCCUCCAUGGCGUCCUCGCCGGCCCCGUCGCUAGCGGCGGCAGCGGCCCUGGGCCUGGACAAGCACUCGGGACAGGCGUCGGCCAACGGGCCCGUGCUGGUGCUGGGGCCGGCGUUCGACGAGACCCAGCCGUACGCGCACAUGAACGGGGGGCGCAAGAACGAGCGGACUCUACCCCUGCCCCAGUCCUCUGCCUGCUGAUCCCCCC